UCUGAUGCUUCCGACGUUGAUGACUCGGAAAUGUUUGCAAUGGACGAUCGACUUGCAGCUGCGUUUAAAGCAAUGGUCCCAGCAAAAAAGAAAAAUAAAGCAGCUGCUCAAGCUGCGGCCGCUUUUCGGUUGAAGCUUGCCGACCUUCUUCUUUUCACCAUAUCUUCUCAAGAUACACCAACAAGUAUCAAAAUAAUCGAGGUCGCCGAUAAGCAAGUGAUUAGUUUAUUGGAUAAACUGAUUGUCGAAGGGUCUGGCAUCUCCAAUCCGACUCUCAUAUCCACCGUUGCCGCCCUGUGCUCCUUUAUUUUCUCACUUGGCAUCUCAUCGGAUGGUACAUGUUCGGAAACGGUGCUCUCAGCAUUCGUUGGUCUAUUUGAGCGAUUCAUGGCCCAAGAAGAUGGAAUGAUCGGGUGUGAAUUGGCCAUCGCUGCCGUCAUAAAACAUCCGGAGCCAUUUGUUCCGAGGGCUUCAGUGUUUCUGAAAGCAGGAUUCAAUGAGGAGUACCGAGUUUUUCGAAGGACGGAAGCUGUACUUUGUCUUGCUGGAAUGAUGAACAAAGCAGUAGUUCUCAAAGCCCCAGUGGAGAAAUCCGUUGUUAAAGGACUUGCGAAGGCAUCUUCUGAGUAUCUUCAGACCUCAAUGACUGAACCACAGACGAUCAAACCCCGUUAUUUUGCCAGCGUUUUGAAGCUCCUGUUAUCUGCUGCUUCUAGUGUUGGAGACGAACUGAAGCCUACAUUGCAAAAAUAUCUGAAACUAGAUGUGGCGUUGGAAAAUGAGCAGAUUUGGAAUGAAGUGAGCAAGAAAGUCAAUUCGGCUUGUCAACAGGUGAGUUUGGAUGGUGGAGCGCGAAAAUAA